CGCAGUAGAAUCACCGAAAGUAUCGCUGAUCGGGGAGAACGAGGCGCAGACGAACGGCUCGAUCGAGUGCGUGAGACGCGAUGAGGAUUAUCAUUAUGAUCUAAAACCAGCAAAGUCAUGGAUGAAACACUGGAUUAUUAUUGACAUUGAAUGCGAUCAAGGCUUUUCACGACAUUUUUUUUAAAGCAUUUAUUUCACUUUUGUGAUCUAAAUGGUCAUUUUGUUUCCUGUUUAAAAAUGUGAGCCUGAAGAUUAUUGGGAUGACUCACGAUUACUGGUCUCACAAAUCUACUGAUAAAAUAAAGGCCCAUGUGAGGCUGGAGGAGGAGAUCGGAUAUGACGGAUGAGCUGAACGAGCUAUCACCUGAAUCUGAGAUCUUGAAACCAGAAGACGCUGUGCCAGCAUACUUAAACGAGAUGCAUCCGAUCGGAGAAGACGUUGAUAGUGACGUUGAGGAUGACGACAUGUCCUGCAAAGUGACGGUUGAGUUAUUACCUGAUUGGUUGAAGCCUAUGGAGGAGGAGGAAGUUGGUGUUGAUGAGCUCAUGAGCGCUGGACGGAUCAACCGGAGAAAAACUAAAGAAAAACCUCCGAAAGUAAAACGGGGCAGGGGUCGACCUCCUAAAAUAAGACAUGGACUUAGUCGUUCAGAGUUCAAGAAAGGACUGCAUGCGGAUCGCACUAUGAAGAAAAAGAGGGUUGGAUCCCUAAUGAGUCGCAAACGUUUAUCCCGAAAAGCCACUUCCGUCCCAGAUCCAUCGCUCAAGGCUGAAGUUUUACCAAGAACCCGCCAAAGAGUUGUUCGCAGCUCAACAUCCACACCUCAAAGUACCAAACAGGUCCCAGACUCUCCAGCGGGAGGCACCAGCGCAGAAUUUAACAGCCCUCCGCGCCUCACAAGGGUCUCGCCGCCCAGUAUCGACACGUCCAGGCGCAGCUUCGUUCACUCUCCUUCUGUUAAAGUGGGUAACGUCACCCAGCAGAUAAUCAGCACUGAACCUGGGAAAGAUGUCUCUGAGCUGCCGCUUCAACUUUGGCUUUGUCCUUCUCUGGAGCCCAUUAGCCCUACACAAACUCAGGAAAUACUCUCGCAGCAAACCGUAGGGUCACCAAAUUUUCCAGAGGCUUCGCUGAAUGGGACAAUGACGGUGAAGGAGAGUCUGACAAUGACGGUGAAGGAGAGUCUUCCUUUGCUCAGUGAAUGUGAAGGAUGCGGAUGUCCAUUUUCAGCUCAGAAGCAUGGAGACACUUUGUGCUACAGAUGCAGAAUUAAAAGAGAGAAGAAGCGGUCUCCUCCAAACAUUUUGUGUAGGAAGGUGAGGCAGGAUCAGUGGGAGGUUGAGAAAGAAAAACAUCCAAGAAAGCAAAUGCUGCAGAGACCACAAAGAUAUGGGAAAACCGAAAAUGAUAUUGUGCCUGAUGGUGGUGAUGAUGAUGAUGAAGAGUACUGGCGUUUAAAGAAGCGUAAUCGGAGGAUGUGUCAGCGGUGUGAUGCCUGCCGUCGUGAUACAGACUGUGGGAAGUGCGACUUCUGCAUGGACAAGCCCAAGUUUGGUGGCAGUAACAAGAAAAGGCAGAAAUGUCGCUUGCGUCAGUGCAAGUUUCAGUCAAAGCUUCAAUUUCGAAAUGGAAUGAAGGGAGUGCCGACUUCAUCUCUUUCACCAAUAAAGAAAAUGAUCAAAUCCAAUAAACUCCUCAAAAUAAAGAAACGUGGGAGACCACGCAAAAAAAAAUUCAAAAAUGACCCAUGGGAGGAGGAGGAGGAGGAUUAUGAAGUGUCUGAUAAUGAUGAAGAUGAUCAAGAGUUGAGGAGUUCUGAGAUGAACGGCUCCCAGGUCAGAAAACACGGGAAAUGGAGUUACACUUUUAAGGAAGAUGAAGACGACGCGGCCUAUGUUGAGGAUGUGGUUGAUGCCAACAUUGAAGAGGAUUCUGUUAUUUUGGAUAAUGAACGGUCAGUGAUGGCGUCUAACGAGAUGUACAACACCACCUCUGGACUCAGUUCUCAGGGAUUAUACUACAAUGUGUCAGGAAUGCCGCUGUCGUCUCAUCUGAUUGGCUCAGCUCCUAUCUGUAACAGCGGUGCAGUGGCUAUGGGUGAGGUGAUCGGCUCGGUGCCCAUGGCGGACGAGAUGAGCCAGAAUGGAUUUCUUCAGAUCGAGAUGGUGAAAGUGGGAUCAUCUCCAUCACAUUACAGAGAAGAACAGCAGAACACACAACAAAUGCACAUUGCAGACCCUCAACAGGAGCACACGCCGGUGAUCACUCAGAUCUUCAGUCUGGCGGGUCCAGAGACAGAAAGUGAUCGAGACCCAGGCUUGAUCGAGCUGUUCACGUCCCUCGGCCAGAGCGUCCUGCCGGCUCACUGGGUGUGUGUGAUCGCCAAAGGCCCUGUCCUGCAGCUCCUGCAGUGCUCUAAACUCUCCACCAUGGCAGACACCGUGGUCCAGAUCGAGAAAGGCUUCUUCUACCAGGUCACCGUCCAGAACCAGCCUCUGCUGCUCAUGCACAGCCUCUACUCUCGCCAUCCCACCUGCCUGGAGAAAGUGGAGCAUGUAGUGUCCCUCCUGCUGGAUCUGGAAGCUCUGGGUGUUUGUCAGGGCUACCAAAACUUUCAAAUGUGCUCGCCUUGGGAGCCUAAAAUGUGUGUGCGAGCCGCACUAUGCGAUUUGCUCAUUCCUAAGGAUGAUGAGCAUUGUGGGAAAUGCUCGCAGCCGGUGGAGGGAUGAGUGAUGAUGGUUUUUCUUCCAGUAACAUUAAUUUACUGUACUUUUCGAAUGACCACAAAGUCAUCCGAGAGCAUCUUCCGCCAGUUUUUAAGCUUCAUUCAGGCCUGUUUCCAAACCUCACCAUGAAUCCUCAUUCAGAACGGUGCUUAUUUUAUCUCCUUUAGUUGUCGGAAAUGUAGGAAAAGUUGCUUUAGGAAAAAGACUUUCAGAUUAUGGAGGAGUGUUUCUGCCAUGACAUGACAAAGCUUUUGUUUUGUUUGUUUUUUAUAUCUGGAAUUCUAUAUCUCAUACUUCUGCAUUUUUUCCCUCUCAAAAUUCGGAGUUUAAGCCUCAACAAAUGAGUUUUUUUUGCAAUUGCAGGUUUAUAUUUCGAGUUUACGAAUUGUCUUUACAUUAUAUACUUUUUCAUAAUUCUGACUUUAUUCCUUGGAAUAAUCUAUAUCUUGUUCUCAAUCUCAGUUCUGGAGGUCCAAUGUCCUGCAGAUUUUAGCUUUAACCCCAAUCAGACACACAUGUGCCAGCUAAUCAAGCUCUUACUAGGCCACAGGUGUCAAACUCAGUUCCUGGAGGGCCGCAGCUUUAGUUUCAACAGUUUAGUUUCCACCCUAAUUAAACUAAUUGAAUCCUUCAGGCUUGUUUAAAACCUGCAGAUAUGUGCGUUGAAGCAGGGUUGGAAUUAAACUGUGCAGAUCAGCGGCCCUCCAAGAUCUGAGUUUGACACCCCUGUACCAGGCUACCAAGUGUUUUCUAGAAACAUCCUUAGAAGUGUGUUCAGGCAGGUUGAGCUAAAAUCUGCAGGACACCGGACCUCCAGGACCGUGUUUGAGAACUCCUUAUAUAGACCAUAGGUCUCAAACUCAAUUCCUGGAGGGCCGGUGUCCUGCAUACUUUAGAUCCAACCCCAAUCCGAACCUCUAAACUAUAUCAUAGGUCUCAAACUCAAUUCCUGGAGGGCCGCAGCUCUGCAGAGUUUUGUUUCAACUCUAAACAAACAAAGCUGAUCCAGCGAAUCAAGGUGUUCAAGACUACUAGACACUGGUAGUCUUGAACCCUGAUCAAACACAGCUGAUCCAACUUAUCUGGAUUACUAGACACUUGUAGUCUUGAACACCUUGAUUAUUUGGAUCAGCUGUGUUUGAUUUAGGGUUUAAUCAGGAAUUGAGUUUGAGACAUAUGAUCUGUAUCAGGGGUGCCCGAACUCAGUCCUGGAGGGCCGGUGUCCUGCAUAGUUUAGAUCCAACCCCAAUCAGACACACCUAGGCUAACUUAUCAAGCUCUUAGUAGUCUUACUAGAAACAUCCUUGAGGCAAGGCAAGGUUUUGAGGCAAGUUGGAGCUAAAAUCUGCAGGACACCGGCCCUCCAGGACAUUGUUUAAGAACCUCUGAUCUAUAUCAUAGGUCUUAAACUCAAUUCCUGGAUGGCCACAGCUUUGUUUCAACUCUAAUCAAACACAGCUGAUCCAACUAAUCUAGGCGAUCUAAUUAAUCUAGAUGUUCAAGACUACUAGACACUUGUAGUCUUGAACACCUUGACUAUUUGAAUCAGCUGUGUUUGAUUAGGGUUUAAUCAAAACUGCAGAGCUGCGGCCCUUCAGGAAUUGAGUUUGAGACAUAUGAUCUAUAUCUGGGUGCCCAAACUCGGUCCUGGAGGGCCGGUGUCCUGCAUAGUUUAGAUCCAACCCCAAUCAGACACACCUGAGCUACCUAAUCAAGCUCUUAGUAGUCUUGCUAGAAACAUCCUUGGAGGUGUUUUGAGGCAAGUUGAGCUAAAAUCUGCAGGACACCAGCCCUCCAGGACAGAGUUUGAGAACCCCUGAUAUAGUCCAUAGGUCACAUACUCAAUUCCUAGAGGGCCGCAGCUCUGCACAGAUUUGCUCCAACCCUAAUCAAACACAGCUGAUCCAACUAAUCAAGCUGAUUGAGCUUGUUAGUCUAGACCAGGGGUCAUCAAUCUCGGUCCUGGAGGGCCGGUGUCCCUGCAGGGUUUAGCUCCAGCUUGCCUCAACACACCUGCCUGGAUGUUUCAAGUAUACCUAGUGAGACCUUGAUUAGCUUGUCCAGGUGUGUUUGAUUAGGGUUGGAGCUAAAAUCUGCAGGACACCGGCCCUCCAGGAACAAGUUUGGUGACCCCUGGUCUAGACCCUUGAUAGUCUUGAACAUCUUGAUUGGUAUAUAUCGGGGGUGCCCAAACUCAGUCCUGGAGGGCCGGUGUCCUGCAUGGUUUAGAUCCAACCCCAAUCAGACAUACCUGGGCUACCUAAUCAAGCUCUUUGUUGGCUUGCUAGAAAUGUUCUGGCAGGUGUGUUAAGGCGAGUUGAAGCAGAGCUGCAGCCCUCCAGGAAUUGAGUUUGAGAAGCAUCAUCUCGCAAUUGUACGUUUUAUCUUGCGAUUCUGAUUUUAUUUCUUACAAUUUAAAUUUUUACUUAUGCAUUGCUGUUUUUGUCUCUAUUCCUCAUGAAUGCUCAUAAUUCCUGACAUCUCAUAGUAUUUUCUGAGUUGCCAGUUUAUUACUUACAAUUGCUUAUUUAUUGGCUUUAUUUCUUAUAGUUCUGAAUUCUUUUUUUUUCUUCAAAUUGUACACUUUUUUUUUCCCCACAAUAGCAAAUUUAUAGGCUUAUCUUGCGAUUCUGAUUUUGUUUCUCACAAUUCUAACCUUUUUUUCAGCAUUGCUGUUUGUCUCAUAACUCCAUAAUUGCUCAUAAUUCCUGACAUCUCAUAAGAUUUUCGGAAUUGCCAGUUUAUUACUUUAUUACUUUUUUUUUUCAAUGGACUUUUUCCCUACAAUUGUUCAUUUGAUAGUUGUCUUGAAAUUCAGAUAUAAUUCUUGGAAUUUUAUUUAAUUUUUUUAAUAUUUUGCAAUUCUGUUUUUCUGUGUGAAUCGCAGCAAUUGCUCAUAAUUCCUGUCAUCUCAUAGUAUUUUCUGAAUUGCUAAUUUAUUACUUGCAAUUGCAUAUUUACUGGCUUUAUUUCUUAUAAUUCUGGCUUCUUUUUUCUCUGAAUUCAUUUUUUUCCCACAACAGCAAGUUUAUAGGCUGCAAAAUUGUAUUUAUAUCAUGCAAUUUUAAGCUUUUUAAUUCAAUUGACUUUUUCCCUACAAUUGUUCAUUUAUUAGUUGUUUUUAAAAUUCAGAUAUAAUUCUUGCAAUUUUGGUUUUGUGUUGAUAUCUUGCACUUCUGACUUUCUCUAUGUGAAUCGCCGCUUAAUUUUUAGCAAUUUUAAGUUUUAUCUUGCUAUUCUGAUUUUGUUUCUCACAAUUCUAACCUUUUUUUCAGCAUUGCUGUUUGUCUCAGAACUCCAUAAUUCCUCAUAGUUGCUCAUAAUUCCUGACAUCUCAUAAUAUUUUCUGAAUUCCCAGUUUAUUCCUUUAUUACUUAUUUUUUUAUCAUGGAAUUUUUAGGGUUUUUUUUCAAUCGACUUAAUCCCUACAAUUGUUCAUUUGUUAGUUGUCUUGAAAUUCAGAUAUAAUUCUUGCAAUUUUAUUUUUUUAUAUAUAUAUUUAGCAAUUCUGAGUUUUUCUGUGUGAAUCGCAGCUUAAUUUUUCUCAAUUGUAAGUUUUAUCUUGCGAUUCUAAAUUUAAUUUCUUUUACAUUUGCUGUUUUUGGCUCAAACUUCCUCAUAAUUGCUCAAUUCCUGCCAUCUCACAGUAUUUUCUAAAUUGGCAAUUUAAUACUUGCAAUUGCAUACUUAUUGGCUUUAUUUCUUAUAAUUCUGACUUCCUUUUUCUCUAAAGUAUAUAUUUUGUCCCCCAUAAUAGUAAGUUUAUAGGUUAUUUCUCACAAUUGUUUAAAUCUUGCAAUUUUAGUUUGUUGUUUAUCGCAAUUCUGAAUUUUCUGUGUGCAUUGCAGCUUAAUUUUUAGCAAAUUCUGAUUUUAAUAUUUACAAUUCUAACCUUUUUUUCAGCAUUGCUGUUUGUUUCUUAAUUCCAUAAUUACUCAUAAUUGCUCCUAAUUCCUGACAUCUCAUAAUAUUUUCUGAAUUGCCAAUUAUUUCUUAUAAUUCUGACUAUUUUUUUCUCGCAGUAGCAAGUUUAUCGUUUACACAAUUGUGUUUAGAUCUUCCAAGAUUUAUUUCAGGAAUUGUGACCAUCUCUCAAUUGUGCAUUUCUAACAUUUUUUUCUUGCUAUUCAGAACGUUUAUAUCAUGGCAGAAACGAUCUUCCAUACAAAAAAGCGAGAGCUUUACUGCAGUCCCUUUUUUAUGUUUCUCUCCAGUUUGGGAGUGCAUAAAAAUUACAUUCAGUUCUCAUUCAAACUACCUCUCGAUCAUUUUUAUAGACCAAUUUUAACCUUAAACCUCCCAGGUGCUCUUAUCCAGGCUGAGUUAUUGAUCCAUGAACAUGUUUAUUGCAGUACAAAGAAAAGUCUUGUGCUGCGUUUAUUCUGGUUAGUUUAAGGUUGUACAUUCAAAUCUAAAGUUGCAUCAACUGUACUUGAACACCAAAAUCAAUCAGCCUUUAGAAAUUGUCUACAUAUUUGUUCAUAUUUUACACUGUAUUUAAUUUGUUCUCACCCCAAAGCAAGCACAUAGUCUUUUAUCAUGUGUUUUAUGUUUUCAUAAUAUGUUUUUUAGCUGUAUUGGGGUGCUUUUAUGCAACAGCAGAUGCGAUCUGGUCUUUUUUUGUCCCGUUGUUAAUCACACCUGCUUUCGUGUGACUGAAUUGUGUUGCGCGUGAUGAACUGCAGCUAAAGGCUCAGUGCAUUACUGUGCUGUUUUGCUUAUUAAUCGCAGCCCACUGUAGACGCCCGAAUCAUUUUUAACACCGAUUGGCCUUUAUAUGGUGUUCGUAAAUAUCACUUCUGUUAAAGCGGAGCAUUUAAAAUGAUUCGUUUUUAUUUUAGUUUAAUCUUUAUUUUUGGUUCUCAUUCCUGGGUGAUUUUAAUUCAACUAUUCAAAUAGAAUUGAUGUGUUUAUUUUGGCCUCUACCCUUGAGAGAUGUGUACAAAAUGAGCUGUAAAAUACAUAAUUGUCUGAAAUUAUUUAUAAAUGGAGGAUCAGAGCAUCUCUGUGUUGUAAAUCUUGCUCUUUUUUUCGUCAGUUUAACCAACAAGGUCAGUUUUUGAAACACUGUAAAGUAAGAUUUUUAUGAAGGGUGGGGAAAAUAAAGUUUUUCUUUCUUAAAUA